AUGGCGGCGGUGGUGCUGGCGGCGACGCGGCUGCUGCGGGGCUCGCGCGCCUGGGGCCGCUCGCGGCUGCGGUUUGGGGCCCCUGGGUACAGACAGUUCAGCAGUGGGGGCGCCUACCCCAACAUCCCGCUCUCUGCCCCCUUGCCCGGGGUGCCCACGCCCGUUUUUGCCACCGUCGACGGCCAGGAGAAGUUUGAGACCAAAGUCACCACGCUGGAGAACGGGCUGCGCGUGGCCUCCCAGAACAAGUUCGGGCAGUUCUGCACGGUGGGAAUUCUUAUUAAUUCAGGGUCAAGAUAUGAAGCAAAAUACCUGAGUGGAAUCGCUCACUUCUUGGAAAAGUUGGCAUUUUCGUCCACGGCCCGCUUCGACAGCAAGGACGGCAUCCUGCACACCCUGGAGAGGCACGGCGGCAUCUGCGACUGCCAGGCGUCCAGGGACACCACCAUGUACGCGGUGUCUGCCGACUCCAAAGGCCUGGACACGGUGGUGGGCUUGCUGGCCGAAGUGGUUCUGCACCCCCGGCUCACAGAGGAGGAGAUAGAGAUGGCGCGGCUGGCUGUCCAGUUUGAGCUGGAGGACCUCAACAUGCGGCCGGACCCGGAGCCUCUCCUCACCGAGAUGAUCCACGAGGCCGCUUACAGGGAGAACACGGUCGGCCUCCACCGCUUCUGCCCCCCGGAGAACAUCGCCAAGAUGGACCGGGCCGUGCUGCACUCCUACCUGAGGAACUACUACACGCCGGACCGCAUGGUGCUGGCGGGCGUGGGCAUCGGGCACGAGCACCUGGUGGAGUGCGCCCGCAAGUACCUCCUGGGCGCCCGGCCGGCCUGGGGGAGCGGGGCCGCCGUGGACGUGGACCGCUCCGUCGCACAGUACACGGGGGGCGUCGUCAAGCUGGAGAGAGACAUGUCCAAGGUCAGCCUGGGCCCCGCCCCGUUCCCCGAGCUCACGCACAUCAUGAUCGGGCUGGAGAGCUGCUCCUUCCUGGAGGCCGACUUCAUCCCCUUCGCGGUGCUCAACAUGAUGAUGGGCGGCGGCGGCUCCUUCUCGGCCGGCGGGCCCGGCAAGGGCAUGUUCACGCGGCUCUACCUCAACGUGCUCAACCGGCACCACUGGAUGUACAACGCCACCGCCUACCACCACAGCUAUGAGGACACGGGGCUCCUGUGCAUCCACGCCAGCGCCGACCCCAGACAGGUGAAAGAAAUGGUGGAGAUCAUCACCAAGGAGUUCAUCUUAAUGGGCGGGACCGUGGAUGUGGUGGAGCUGGAGCGGGCCAAGACGCAGCUCAUGUCCAUGCUCAUGAUGAACCUGGAGGCCCGGCCCGUGAUCUUCGAGGGCGUGGGCCGGCAGGUGCUGGCCACCCGCUCCAGGAAGCUGCCCCACGAGCUGUGCGCGUUAAUCCACGACGUGAGGCCGGAGGACAUCAAGCGCGUGGCUUCCAAGAUGCUGCGCGGGAAGCCGGCCGUGGCCGCCCUGGGGGACCCGAGUGACCUGCCCAGCUACGAGCACAUCCAGGCGGCGCUGUCCAGCAGAGAUGGGCGCCUGCCCCGGACCUACCGGCUCUUCCGGUAG